ACGUUUGAACACUGUAGCUGCUGAUUGUUUGCCGACUCUUCAAUGAAGGUUGUUUUUAGCUGUUUGCCCAAAGUCCUGGCUCAUUAACAGUCGUAAAAUGGGGGACCACAUUGAGCUACAGAUCACUCCAGAGACUCCAGGCAGGCCAUCCAUCAGAAACCCCUUUGAAAGUCCCAAUGACUACCACCACCUCCAUGAACCUCUGGUGCCAAGCCCAUCUGUCUUCAAGUCCAAGCCUUGUAAAGCUACUCCACCCAAGUUCAACUGGUCUAUUGAUGAAAUGGCCAGUCUUCUCCCAGUGCACAUAGACCCAGAGGAAAUCCAGCGACAGUCCUUCUACCUCAGUCAGACAAGGAUGGACUCUGACAUUGAGGAAAAGCGUCAGAAUGCAAUUGAGCAGUUUUUCACCAAAGGAGCCAUCGUGCCCUCGCCCUGGGCAGCACCAGACACCCGUAAAGGCCCUCAGGUUUAUACAAAAAGUUUUAAGUCUUCAGUGAUUGCAGAGGAGCCAGAAAAAGUCUCAGUUGCUUGUCAGACAACUCUUUCGUUACCUUUGGCUUUUGAUUUGGAGAAAAUACUAGGGGAUUAUUACCGCUAUGACGAACCAUGUGAUGCUGUGCAGGAGAGUCUCAGUUCCUCCUCCUUAAGACGAAAACUCUUCCUCGAUGGCAGGGGCUCUUACAGCGGCUCUGACAGCUCCAGUCCGCCAAGUCCAGAGAGAAGCCACACCAGGCAGGAGAGGCUUUCUCUAGACCGAGGAGAGGGAGCUGUGGGAGGGGCAGCAGGUUCAGAGGGAGACGCUUUAUCAUCGAUCUUUUCCUCACCUUUGUCCUGUGGUGUGUCGGCUCCGACUCCCUCUACGGGUCAGUUCUCAUCCAGUCCCAUCCAGCACGGCUGCUUCCGGGACUGCAGCCUGGGCAGCAUCACCAGUCCUCUUUUCCCUGACAGGUCGUCUCCCGCUGGCCUCAUCUCCCCCACAAUUUCUCCUAUUCUUGCACAUGCAGCACGCACACCCAUAUGUUCAGCUGAGAGGAGACAGCAGAGCAAUUUGACUCCACACGGCGCUCCCCUGGACAUAGAUGGCACUACCUGCAACGAGAGCCCAUUUGUGGAGGGUUGCUCGCCUAUACGUAGCUGCUCCCCACACCAGCACCACUGCUACAACGAGCCGCAGCACAACGCCAGACCCAAGCCCCGACCUAGAGUCCGCUGCUGGGCCUCCCCUCCCCUCAUCUCCCCAAUCCUCAACCCUAAGCUGCAAGACAAUCCGGAGGCUGAGGACCAAAUCUCCUUCUCCUCCCCCUCCUCCUCCUCCUCUUCUCUCCCUGCUAUGGAGCUAGAUCCAUCGUCGCCCCUGGUCCGUGACGCCCACCCCGCUGACACAAAGAGAGUUAGCCUGGAACCUAUGGAACCUGUGAAAAUGGAGGAAGGCAAGGAGACGGAGAUAGAAGGGCAGCUGGAGGAUGAAGAGGAAGAAAGCGGAGGGCUUUCUGGACAGCUGACCAGCUCUCGUAUGGGCAAUGUGUCGGUUACAGAAAGCUCUCAGAUGUUUGUGUCUCUUCUGGCAGAAGGAAGCAGCAUACGUUACGAUUCCAGCAUGCAGGUGGACAGCGGGUACAACACUACCUCGGCAGGCACUGCCAGUCUUAUAGAUGGCCUCGGCUCAGACUGUCACAGUAAAGAGUCCUUCAGUUCAAACCUGGCAGAAGAACCUCUUCAACUUAGUCGACACACUAAAGUAAAGGUGUUUUAUCCUCACCACUGAGCCAUCUGAUUGAUGCAUUUAAAGGGACACCUCAUUCAGUGGAAGCUUAUGAUGAUUAUUUUGCAAUCAAAUACAACAAAGUUUACACUAUGUUUUGGAGCAUUUAUGUUGCAGUAAUUUGUUUAGGGUGAAUGGGGUCAACUGUUUAAUGCAGUAUGAACUGAGGGUCUUUUCACAAGUGGUUAUUAGUUCUUUUUAAAGUUCAAGUUGUCAGACUGAAAGCAGAAGCUCUGCUAUAGUAUGUUUAAAAACAGGUUAGAAGGGAGAAGAUCUAAAUCCCACUGUAAGACACUGAAAAGCUGUAAUUAUAAGUCAACAGUUCUUUUUUGGCCCAGUAUAAACUGAUGUAAUAAGGGGGAAGGAAAAAAAAUGUCAGUUCUGUGUCAAACUUGCACAACAGUAACCUCCUUGAAUGCUGUAUUGAUGCUGAUGUCAUUUCAGUUUUUAUUUGGUGCUAAUCUGAUGGACUUGAUAGGUCCUCACUUUCAGAUGACAUUUGAUUUGUACUGUAUUUAUCUUUUUAUAAAACAGUUUAUCAUGUUUUCAUAUGAUGAAAGCUUUUUCUUUUAUUGAAGAAUUGUUAAAAUUCAGGUUACUUGUGGAUAUUAUUUGGAUUGUCAGAAUAUUUAUUCCUGAAUAAGAUGCACUGAAUAAUGCCACUAGCAAAUCAAAAGCUGAUUGAGCCUUUUUUUUCUUUUACAUACUUAAAGCAUGGGCUGGAUCGUUGUCACAUUAAAUUAACUUGAAUUCC